AUGUCGCAUACACCGCCUCCAAUGCAAUCUCCCAUUAGAGCGAGGAGAACAUAUGAAUCUUCAUUCGAGACUCAUCGAUGGACAGUCGAUAAUUCAGAGAGUCGAUAUUUUCAAAUACAUUCACCAGUGCGAAGCAUCCUUAAAGAACCUAGUACACCAUUGCGAUACAAAUCACCAUUAUUUCAACAUGAACAAGAGCAGAGAAGAAGGCAUCUAGCAGAGCGAAGACGAGUUAGUUUUGCACCUGCUGCGAAUCUGAGAGUAUACAACGAAGAUGAUACACCGGAUAUCUCAAUGAGAAAUGUGCCCAGCAUUAUUGAGGAAACUGAGCCAACUAUGCUGAUGGCAGACGUUUUUGCUUCUCCAGCUCAUCAAGCACCAAGCCCAUUUCUUCAGCGAUUGACUGGUUCCCCUCUCGAUCAACGAAAGAGACGGCCCGACCUAUUCGGUAGUCCACCUGGAGAUACAAGAAGUCCAAAGAGAAGAUUUGGCGGACAACCUCCCAGCAUACUAAGCAGAGUUCAAAAUGACAAUGAAGAGGAGGAUGGGACAUCUGAUUUGACACAAUAUCUAUCUGUUAAGCAUCAAAAAGGACCCAGAAAUAUUUUUGACGAAGAGGAUGAAGAAGAUGAGGAAGACAAAGAACAAGAAGAGAGGGAAAAGCAAGUAGCACAAAAUACAGUGAAGCAGAGACAAAGCGUUGUGAUGGAAGAUGUAGAAGAAGAGGACGAUGAGGAAGAGGAGGAAUUGGAAGAUCCAACUGUCGAGAGCAUGAUGAUUACACAGACCAUUAUUGAGCCUGUGCCAGCCACAAGUAAUGCACCCACAAACACACAAGAUCAAACUGAUGAUGUAGAGGAAGAGGAGGAGGGAGAGGAUCUGUCAAUGGCAGAAGCCAAUUCGCAAGAGGCAGAUGACGAUGCUAUGCAAAUCACUCAAGAGAUACCAAUCCUCACUACAAUGCAAUCGCCUACAAUGCAAUCACCCCUACGUAAAUCUCCAGCACGAGAUGCUGCUGACGUGUAUUCGCCACACCACACCUUUUAUUUGCAUGAUAAAUCACCAUAUCAUGAUCGAAGACUCAGCCAGACCCUAGAUUUGACAGACCGUUUCAACGCUUAUGAUGAUCAAGAGGAUGAUUUAUUGCAGGAAGAGUUUCCAGAAACUUACCAUUCAAUCCCUGACAUUAGCAACAGUAUGUCAUUAUCAGAUUUUCUAUCCAUUGUGGGCGUCAGAUUUCCUCCAGAGAUACCUGUCAAGGCUUUACGGCGCAGAUCCACCUACACUGCAGAUUAUGGUGUGGCCACUGUUGCGGAACAAGGUGCAGCAGCAUUGUCGACAUUACCCCAAUUAGAGCUCUACGAGACGUCCUGCCAGAAACUAAACCAGUUCAUCCGAGAAUGCAAAGAGAGAAUUGACCAAAUUGACGAAGAUGUGAGUUCGGUGAAUCCUCAGAUCUUUCAAGAAUACAAGGAAGGCUCAUUGGCAGCUCAAAAAGCAAUGGGGGUCAGAUUAACAGCUAUGAAAAAGUACGCCUGGAAAAGAGCAGCUUCGGAAUUCUACAAGAUUUGGUGCAAUACACUGACCGAGUUUACAGAUAUCUUGCAAGCCAACCGCAGCAAGUUACUGCAAGACGACGGAAAAGCAGCACAGUUUGGACAGGACGUAUCAAACAAGAUGUCAGACAUAUCCACCUAUCUCGAGUCCGUGGUGCAACUGCACGAAGAAGCUGAGCGCAGGGAACAAGCUUACGAUCGUAUUGACCACAAAGCAUUAGCGCGGUUGGAAGAGGAAAUAGCACAGCAAAAAACCUCGAUCGAGGGAUUCAAAAAGCAUUACAAAGAGUUGGAGGAUCUAGAAUCACAGCUAGUGGAAAAGACAACUUCCUUGGAGAAACGCAAGCAAGAGCUGGUAGAUGCUAUUGACCUGGCAAAGAGACUCAAAGCAAACAACCAUUAUGUUACUGAUCGUGAUCUGGCUUAUGCAGCUGACAAGUUCCGGCGAUGCUCUAAGAUCAACAAAUUCCGCCUUCCCAAGGCCCCUGACGACACGCUUGAAUUGAGCAUCAAUGGCGAUGUCAACAUUGUAGUUGAUAAGGAAAAGCUGUCUAGUCAAAGCGAGGAUGCUGUGCUGAUUCGUUUGCUAGAGAGCCGAAACCAAGAGUUGGGCCCCUUGUCAGAGCUGGUGCAUGGAUUGCAGGUGAUUGCAAAGGACAAUUGGGACAUGGACGAGAUCAUCCAAGAUAUUUCCAUCUAUUGGAACCGUGUAAGAAUGAUACAGCAUGAAUUAGACGCAGUGCAGAGAAGGUUUUGGGUGGAGAUCAAGUCUUUGGAGUUCGUCAAUGAUCCAGAGGAUGCGGGAUUCUCGUGCCAAAUUUGCGUAUCCAGCUACAUGGGCAGAACAAAGUUUACAGUGUCAUUUGAAGUCAAAUCAAAGGAUGUUGUCAACUACCCCAAAAUCGAUCUAUCCACAUUUGACGUGAAUCUACAUUAUGGCAGUAUAUCCCAACCCACAUUAGACGAGAUACUUCGGAAAGGCAUAUCCAUAUCAGGCUUCAACAACUUGGUCGACACACUGCGAAACACACUGGAUCAAAUCUCAAUACCCACAUAA